AUGCACACAGACCUUGCAACUGAUGCACUUGGAAGCGGCAUUGUCAAAGUCACCGAUGACUUCUUUGCUCCUGCUAUUCGUAUGCUCAAUCCUCUACCUCCAGUCAGUCGCCCUGAUAAGUUUGAUGAUAACGGUUCUUGGAUGGACGGUUGGGAGUCCAAGAGACACAACCAAACUUACGAUUGGGCUAUUAUUAGACUUGGUUUGCCUGGCACCAUCAAGGGUUUCGAUAUUGAUACUAGCUUUUUCACCGGUAACCAUGCUUCUGCUGCAUCUGUUGAAGCUGCUUACUGUCCCGAUUCCACUGGUCUCGAAGAGGACAUUCAUUGGGUCGAAAUUCUUCCCAAGGUCGACCUCGCCUCCAGUAGCCACAACAUUUUCGCUUUAGAGAAUGCCACCACUACAUAUACCCAUCUUCGUUUGAACAACUACCCCGACGGUGGUAUUGCUCGUUUCCGAGCAUACGGUGAUGUUCGUCCUCAGCCAGUGGAAAACAAAGACGAAUUGAUCGAUUUAGCUUCUGUUCAAUAUGGUGGCCGUUCUGUUCAAGUCAGUGAUGAACACUAUGGUCCUGGUGACUUUUUGAUCAUGCCUGGUAGAGGUAGAAACAUGGGAGAAGGAUGGCAAACUGCCCGUUCACGUGUCAAGGGCCAUGCUGACUUUGUUGUCCUCCGUUUGGGUGUUCCCGGCCACAUUUUACAAGCCGAAAUUGACACAACUCACUUCAAGGGCAACUACCCUCAUCAAAUCAAGUUGGAAGCUACAAACAGCAAGUUGAAUGUUCCCGAAGAAGAUGCUGAGUGGAUUACCAUCCUCGAGCCUUCCAGCACUGGACCCAACAAUAUCUUCCACUUCCAUACAGAAAACGCUGAUAAGGUCUUCACACAUGCUAAGGUUUCCAUCAUUCCUGAUGGCGGUAUUAAACGUGUUCGUUUGUACGGUAUCCCUGAAGGUGGCAAGCUUCCCGAAUCACCUAUU